CGUUCCAGGUGACACCCAUUUUCCCCCUGACAGCACUCCGCUCCUCGACACCAGCUACUCUGCUGAGAGCGCAGCUAGCUGACGCAGCAGCAGCAGUUAACGGUGGGGGUCUGCUUAGAAACUGGGUGUGAGUGACUGUUGGUUAUUAAUAUUUACAAUGAAGAAAUUAAAAAUACUUCAAUCCUGACGUCCACACUGUGGUCGAUGACGGUCUGGCGCGGCGUCGGUGACUGACAUGGACGCGAGUGACAACAAGAAUGUGAAGCUUUCACCUGAAGUGGAACCGUUCAUCCCACAGAAGAAAGGUCUUGACGGAUCACUAGUCAGCAUGAGUCUUUCUGGCGAGGCAGGUGGAGGAGGGGGCGGAGGCAUAGGAGGCAGUGGAGGGGUGGAAAGUACUCCCAUUCCAAGCUACCUCAUCACCUGCUACCCUUUUGUCCAGGAGAACCAACCCAACAGGCAACAUCCCAUGUAUAAUGGAGGAGAGCUGCGCUGGCAGCAGCCUAAUCCUACCCCUGGUGGUCCAUACCUGGCCUACCCAAUCUUGUCUUCUCCCCAGCCGCCUGUCUCUAAUGACUACGCUUACUACCAAAUCAUGCCUGCGCCAUGCCCACCUGUGAUGGGCUUCUACCAGCCCUUCCCUGGCACCUAUCCAGGUCCAGUACAAGCUGGAGUGGUCAGUCCUGUGUCUGCAGAUGUCAGUGAAAGACCCAUGGCACUGGGGCCAGCAUAUGGAAUGACCAGUCAGCGGGGGAGAGGCAUGGUCCGGUCUAAUGUUCUCCCAAAGCAACAUUUGGGUGUGUGCCAGCCUACAAGAGGUCGUCGGCCUCCAACCAGGAGUGUAGCUGUACAGAAGGAGGUGUGCACCUUAGGGCCGGAUGGCAGGACUAAAACCGUAAUGUUGGUGGAUGCAGCACAGCAGACCGAUUUCCCAGGUGAGGUAUCAGGGCGUUGUGCUGCCGAGCGAGUAAGUCCUCUGCUGUGGAAAAACCGAACAAAGAGAAGACGGGCUUCCCAUCCAGCUGAAAGCUACAACGAGACUGGUGCAAGUGAAGCCGAUAUAGACAGUGAUAGCGGCUACUGUAGCCCCAAACAUAACCAGGGAACCGGGGCGAUGCAAAGAACAGCAGAGAACGCAGCAGCACCCAUGGGAGUAGAGGCUGGUGUAAUGACUGCAGGUACCUGGGUAAAUGUAGCAUCUCAGGCUACCUCAAAGUCCUGGGUGGACAGAAACGGUCAGUUUCACAGAGCAGAUCAGAGGAAGAAUCCCGAGCAGAGAAACUUCUCACAGGAUUACCACAGUGGGUGUCAAGGGCGUAUGCCACUCAACCAGUCGGAACAAAGACAUCCGCCAGUAGCAGUCACAGGCACAGACCUCACUCCAGAGCCCCUCUAUUUUGAGGAUGAAGACGAGUUUCCAGAUCUUGCUUCUGGUGGGGCCGCUCAGCGCAGCAACAAACCAGAAUCAACUCCAGCUCAGACACAUACGCAACCUAAGCUGCCCAAAAACCUGCUGGAAAAUCUGCCAGAAAACUCCCCUAUCAACAUUGUACAGACACCCAUCCCCAUCACCACUUCUGUUCCCAAGAGGGCCAAAAGCCAGAGGAAAAAGGCUCUUGCUGCUGCCUUGGCCACUGCACAGGAAUAUUCUGAAAUCAGCAUGGAGCAGAAGAAACUACAGGAAGCUUUUAUCAAAGCAGCAGGGAAAAAGAGCAAAACCUCUGUGGAGCUUGACCUGGGAGACAUGCUGGCAGCUUUGGAGAAGCAACAGCAGGCUAUGAAAGCCAGGCAACUCACCAAUACCAAGCCACUGUCUUUUACAGUUGGAACAACUACUCCCUUCCACAGCUCAGGCUUUACCAGUGUGCCGUCUAUGUUGAGGGGUCAUCAGCAGUCGCACUCGACCCCGCAUAAUGCCUUGGACUCCACUGCACCUCGUAUAAAGAGAGGGAAGGAGAGAGAGAUCCCCAAAGUCAAACGACCAACAGCCCUCAAGAAGAUUAUUUUGAAGGAACGUGAGGGGAAGAAAGGGAAGCCAUGUGCAGAACAAGAGUCAUCAAGUCAUGACGAACAUGGGGAUGAGUGUCUACAUUUUACUGAUGAUCUUACGCAAGAGCCUGCUUCUCAGGAAGAAAAUGGUCUGAGUGUGCCCAGUGAUACAUCCCUUUCCCCAGCCAGUCAGAACUCUCCUUACAGCAUCACCCCAGUGUCCCAAGGUUCUCCUGCCAGCUCGGGUAUCGGAAGUCCCAUGGCUUCAAAUGCCAUCACAAAGAUCCACAGCCGACGUUUCAGAGAGUACUGUAACCAAGUGCUGAGCAAAGAGAUCGAUGAGAGCGUGACUUUGCUGCUACAGGAACUGGUUCGCUUCCAGGAGCGAGUCUACCAGAAGGAUCCGACCAAGGCUAAAUCCAAGCGUCGCCUGGUCAUGGGUCUCAGAGAGGUCACCAAGCACAUGAAGCUUCAUAAGAUUAAGUGUGUCAUCAUCUCUCCCAACUGUGAGAAGAUUCAGGCCAAAGGUGGUUUGGAUGAAGCUUUAUACAAUGUAAUUGCGAUGGCCAGGGAGCAGGAGAUCCCGUUUGUGUUCGCCUUGGGCAGAAAAGCUCUCGGACGCUGUGUCAACAAGCUGGUGCCCGUUAGUGUUGUGGGCAUUUUCAACUAUUCUGGAGCUGAGGGACUCUUCAACCAUUUAGUUUCUUUAACCGAAGAGGCUAGGAAGGCCUACAAGGACAUGGUGUCCGCUCUGGAGCAGGAGCAGGCUGAGGAGGCUCUGAAGAAUGACAAGAAGGUCCCUCAUCACAUGGGGCAUUCCCGCAACCACUCUGCUGCUUCAGCCAUCUCCUUUUGCUCCAUCUUCUCUGAGCCCAUCUCAGAGGUUAAUGAAAAGGAAUAUGAGACCAAUUGGAGGAGCAUGAUGGAGACUUCUGAUGCCCCAGAGCCUGUAGACAGCGAGCUGAGUCGCCCUUCACCCUUAACAGGCACCCAGAGAGACAGUCAGGCCCCGCCAGUUACCAACAACACCGCCCCUCUUGGCGCUACCGUUCCCCAGCCCAGGGCUCCGGCUCCAGAGAGAGAUGAGGUCCGAGCUGACGACAGGCUGGAGCUGGCCUCUCAGCAGAGCACAGAGACAGGCUCGUUGGAUGGAAGCUGCAGGGGGCCGCUGAACUCAUCCAUCACUUCCACCACUUCCACCCUGGUUCCUGGGAUGUUGGAGGAGGCUGAGGAAGAGGAGGAUGAGGAGGAGGACUACACUCCUGAACCCAUUUCUGUAGAAGUGCCCACCCUGAGCAGCCGCAUUGAAUCCUGGGUGUCCAAGACCCUGGAAAACCUCCAGCUGGGAAAGAGCCAAGAAAGUACUGAAGAGGAGGAGGAAGAGGAUGGAGAAGAGAGGGUACAGAGUGAGGAUGAUGAGGACCUUGAUUCAGCAGAGAUCACAAAGACAAAGAUGGAAGGCAAAGAACAAGCGGAGGCUAAAAAGCCCACUGGUUGAAAUCACUUACACACGUACAUUCCCUCCCUCUCACACAUCCCUCUUCACAGCAACCAGCAGCCCUCCUCCUUUGUGUCUAGCCCCUGACACAAGUCAUAAUCUCAGGUAUCCACCCAGCUGACCAAUGCUCUCUCACUCACUCACACACACACACACACACACACUCACACAUUACAGAGAAACUGACCAACGUAAAACCACACAGUCACAGACCAAACAGCUAACAAAGUCUGAGGGU